AACCGGCGAUUCCCGCUUGAAAUAUUUCUCGGGCCAAUCAGAAACUGUGAUGGUAAUCAAAUCACUAAAGCUGGAUAGAUAGACAACAAAGAUCAUCUCCUACAGAGCCGAUGAUGAUUGCAAGAUGUUACAAUGUGCUCUACAGAGUAACCGAACGAAGCUCAGGUCAUAAUUGCAGAGGAUAUCGUACUUUAGCUAUGGCAGUCGCUGGAGCACAGAUGCCACUAAGAAGUCAUCAAGUACCAACUGGCUCGCCAGUGCCGUAUGAUACCGAGAGGCUCACUACAAAGAUCAACAUGAACCAGAAGUUGUCAAAGAGCACUCGGCAAAGGUUACAGAAUAUAAGAAAGUUUAUAGACCCUCUUGAACUACAGGACGAGUUUCUACUCAUGACCCUGUACCCAUCUAAAACGCAUUCCAUCACAGUGAAACAAGACUCAGGUGAGACAGUCAACAUAGACAGCAAAUCUCUGGAGAUGCUGGGGUGGAGCUUGUACAACUUGGAAAGAACAAAGGCAACUUUGGAGGUUGGAGCUGAGAAUGCGUCUGAUGCACUAGAUAUCUUCUCUAGUGCAACACACAAGAAACUACAAAAACAAUCAACAUUGAGCAGGUUCCUCUCAGGCAAGGGAUACUCAGAUAGUGUGGUGACGUCUACAGGACAAUCAACUCCUUACAAAAUGGUUCAGAGCUCGUUAUUUAUACUGCUUGGAAUAAUCGCGUAUAAGUUUGGAAAAAAAUCAGCACAGGAAUUUCUACAACAAAAGGUGUUCUCAAGUAGAAGAAAUAUCUUUGAAAUAGCUGCAAAGUCUUGAGGCUUUAUGCACUAAUGAUGAUGACUAUCUAUG